GCAACAAAGCUGCGAUAUUCACGCUCCGCUGCGGAGCCGCAAACUGCACCGCUACCGCCGCCGAGCCGACACAUCGCUGCACGGCCCAAAAGACACAGACAUUUACCAGCGAAUUCCCAAGCAUACAGCAUACCCCCUCUCUCUCUUCAUCCAACACUAUUCCUACAUUUACUCUCCUCUAGCCAGCCAGCACACUCACACAGCUCGCUACGACAUCGCGUUUACACCUCUUAUAAAACAGUACCGUCAGGUUGAGGCUGAUCUGAAGCUCCGCUGUGCAGUAUGAGAGUUAAAACUGAGUCCGUCGCUGGUUUGUUUUGAAUGUCAAAGCUCCAGCUAGCUGAGCGGCUCAUAUUGUUGAUAGCUGGUUGGCUUAGCAGGCUAGCUCGCUAGGCUAACGAAAUGCAACCCAGAUGCAUCAAAAUGCUGGAAACAAGAGUUGUCAUGGAUGAUGAAGAUGGCAGGUGCCUUCUAGAUGUAAUUUGUGACCCAGAAGCUCUCAAUGACUUUCUUCAUGGAUCUGAGACCAUUUUGGACACUGACGACCUAUUGGAUGGUUCGAGUGACCCCUCCAGCUCGUUCUUCUCUACCACUGGGGGCCAUGUACCAGAGGUCCAGCCUGCAGUCCAGCUGUCGGCCAAUGAGCCGGCAGGCCUACCCAGAGUCAGUGUUGACCUGGACUUCCUGGAGGAUGAUGACAUCUUGGGAGGAUCCCCAGGUGGCGAAGGUGGGAGCAAUGGCAUUGGGACAAAUCACGAGCCAUGUGACAUCCUGCAGCAGAGCUUGGCUGAAGCCAACAUCACAGAGCAGAGCUUACAGGAGGCAGAGGCUGAGCUGGACCUGGGCUCCUUUGGAAUUCCAGGCCUCACGCAGGUGGUACAGACACUGCCUGAUACCAGCCUCUCUGGUGCUGGGGGCGCUGCUGUUGGUGUAGGCAUAGGUGUUGGUGUCGGGGGAGCAGCAGCAAUUUUCCCUGGGUCAGCCGCGAGCGCCACUGCUACUCCUCCCCAUGCCACAGCUGACAUGCUGGGGUCAGUGCUUGCUCAGCAGGGCCUUCAACUCCAGCCACAGGUCAUGAACAAGGCCAUUAAUGUUCAGCCAUUUAUGGGAAAUGUGACGCUUCAACCCAUUUCAAGUCUCCAAGCUCUUCCUAAUGGGAGUCAGUCUGGACAUUUGGGUAUCGGACAGAUUCAGGUUGUGGGUCAGCCUACAGUCAUGACUAUCAAUCAGUCUGGGCAGCCAAUCCUGGCUAAAGCCAUGGGUGGUUACCAGCUGCACCAGUCUGGGCCAGAGGUAUCAGGUGCUGGUUCUCAGGCGGGGCUCGGAGGCUCAGGGGGCGGACUUCUGAUCCAAGGUAACAAAGCCACUUUGGGAUCUCCAGCUUUAAAUGGACCGGCUGUUUGUGUCAGCAGCACAAACAGCAGCAGUGGCGUUACAAUGACCGCUCCUGCUGGGCUCGUGGGCUUCGGCAGCACCACUCUAAGUUCAGGAAUCGGACCCCAGACGCAAACGCAAGGCCAAAUCAUGCAGAACGUGAUCAUCCAGCGCACACCAACACCCAUUCAGCCUAAACCCCCUCAGGGGGGAGCCAUCCAACAGAAACUCUUCAAACAGCAACAGCAGCAGCAGCACCCACAGCCAGCACCCCAACCCCUGCAAAACGAUGCCCACAAGGCUCUAGGGCUGCAGCAAAUUCCAGUUUCUGCUGCUCAGAAUGUAGCCUUCCUGACAGGAAAGCCAGGCUCUAAUGUUGUCCUGACUACUCAAGCCACAACACAAGGCCCUCAGUUUCAACAAACCCUGUUCAAGCAACAAGCAGCACAACAAUCGGGCAAGCCUCUCAGUGUACACCUGUUAAACCAACAAGGCAGCAUCGUUAUUCCCUCUCAGACAGUUCUGCAAGGUCAGAAUCACCAGUUUCUCUUGCCACAGCUACAAGCAGGUGGGCAGAUCCUGACCCAGCACCCUGGGGGGCACAUCAUAACUAGUCAGGGUCCUGGUGGACAGCUCAUCGCAAACCAGAUCAACUUGAGUCAGAUGUUGACUUCACAGGGCCACCCUGGGGCUGCCCACAUCCUCUCCGGACCCAUUCAGCUCCAGUCUGGCCAGAUGGGCACACCCACCCUCUUUCAGAUGCCUGUCUCAUUGGCUCAGAGUCAAAACCAGACGCAGACCCAUACUGUCUCAGGUCAUGCCCAGACAGUCAUACAGGGCAUGCCGAUCCAGAACUCCCUGACCAUGCUCAGUCAGGUGGAGGGGCUGAGCCCCGCAGUCAGCCUUCAACCAGCCCUGCAACCUCAGCCGGGUGGAGUCCCCAGCAGCAGCAGCACCGGAGCAGCGACCAUGGCUCAAGGCCAGCCUGGAGAGUGUGUCACCGUGCUGGGUAGCUCCACAGACCAGGCUGCUCAUCCCACUCAGCAGCACGCACCGCAAUCCUCUAUCCUCGCCAUGCAACCGACUUCCUCCGUGUCCACGGCUACCACCGUACCCUGCUCUUCUCCGUCCAUGUCCGUGUCCACCUCUUCCUCUGUCACAGCAGUGGGGCUGGUCCCCCAUCAGGCUCAGCACAGUCCAGGGAGGUUACUGUUCACCAACCAGGGCUCCAGUAUGAUCCUGAGCCAGGAGUCUCUGCAGAUGUUCCUGCAACAGGAGCAGCACCACCAAACAGAGAAUGAGUCAACCCCCUCUGUGGGCGUACCAGCGUCCGUAAUCGUCAGCAGCAACAGCGCCACUGCUCCGGCCCCCACUGUCCAUGACAACCAAUUAAGUGACUCUUGGGUGGGUCAGAGCCACAGCCCUUCCCCUGGCCCUUCCCACAUGACAGCAGUGGUAAAGCAGGUACCCUCCAGUGGACAUCAGCAGUCCCUGAAGAUCCAGGGCAUGCCCACCUCACCGGCAUUGACCACUCACGCCACAGCGGCCCCAGUGGCAGACAGACCCCAGCCUUCCCAGUCUCCUCUCAUUCUGAGCCAGCAGAUCCAGUCGCCUCACCAUCAACAGCAGUCGCGUCCUCCCUCUCAGCCUCAGCCACAGUCUCUAACUCCCUCCCGCUCAUGCACACCUUCAUCUCACCCUCAGCUCUUUAUUGUCCACAACCAAAUGGCAGAGUCCCCCCAACCCGCUCCACAGGGCCAGCCGCAGCAGACGCAGACCCAGCAGACACACAUUCAAGUUCAGCUUCAGCCUCAGCCACGACCGGCCUCUCAGCCUGCCCCUUACCAACAAGAUAUGCCUCCUAUGUCGCAGUCCCCCAAGCCUCUUCCUGCACCACCCGCACAGCACCAGUUUACCGCUCCUCCUGUCAACACGUCUGCCGCUGCUGUAGUUAAAGCCCCGGUUCCCAUCCAGAGCGUGACAGCGGAGCAGCAGCACCACCUGCAAUUAGUAGGAGCGCAAAUUCAGACCCUGUCGGCCAUCACCCAGCCCUCACCUCAGCAGAAGCAGCUGCUGGAGAAGCUACACCAGGUCCAGCAGAACAUCCUGCUGCAGGCCAAGCAGUCUGCUCAGCCUCAGCCUCAAGCCACCGGUCAGUUCAGCUCCCAGCAAGAUGUGCCUGUUGACAAAGUGGUGAUUGCAUCAUCAGCCGGCGCUGGUACACCUGCUCAGCUUCUCUCAGUGCUGCAGCCGACGUCGGUGCUCGUCAAAACUCCUGCUACAGCAUCAAGUGACUUACAGGUAUUCUCAGGAGGCCAAGGGCCAGCUGGAGCUAUGGUGAAUCAGCCUGUCACUCCUGCCAGCCUUACUCAGCCUGCACAGGUUCAGCCAAAGCCAGGGGUGAUCAGCUCGGUCGGAGGGAUGCCUCUGGGGCAAGGUGGGAUGCAGAUGCAGGUGAUAGGAGCUAGUCUUUCUCAAAUGCCUGCUCCACAGCUCCAAGCUCCAGUACAAACUCAGACAACAACAAUGAAGAUGCCUUUCAGUGCAGAGCCCAGCAAAGAAGCCAGGAUGCUAGAACAGCUGAGGAAACAGCAGGGUUCAGUGCUUCACCCAAACUACAGUGCUCCUUUCCACUCUGUUGAGGACACACUGCACAGACUGCUGCCUUACCAUCUCUACCAGGGAACUGCCAACUCUUCUCAAGACUAUCAACAAGUGGAUGAUGAAUUUGAGACGGUCUCCUGCCAACUGCUGAAAAGGACCCAGGCCAUGCUGGAUAAGUAUCGCUACCUGCUCUUCGCCGAGUCGAAAGCGUUUAAACCCGAGCAGAGACUCGGCCCCUCGGCAGAGAUGGUGAUGAUCGACCGGAUGUUCAUUCAGGAGGAGAAGAUAGCGUUGAAUCAGGACAGGAUUUUGGCCAGAGAGAGACCAGAGGAGUUUGUGGCAAACGCGCGCAUGUUGGAGAGUGGAGUUUCAUCCCAACAGAAAUCAUCUUUUGCUGAGGCCACAUCAGUGAGCGGAGGCGUGGCUGCUGCUGUCCCUGCUCCCGCACCUGCAACUCCUGCUCCAGCCCCUCACCCAAACGUCACCCCAAACCCUCCUCCUGCACCCACCCCGUCUCCAUCUCCAGCCCCUGCUUCAGCUCCGGCUCCCGCUCCAGCACCUCCUCCCGCCCCGUCCGCCUCCCCUUUCCCCUCUACCAAACUAGUAAUAAAGCAGGGUGGGGGCGGAGCCUCUGUGUCCUGGUCCAGCAGCUGUCCCCCAACUCCAGCUGCAGCGGGCAGGCUGGCCGACCCCACCGGCCAGAGCUCCUCCUUCGGUCGUGCUCCGGCGGCAUCCUCCUCUUCGUCCUUCAACUCUCAAGCGGCCGACGACGACGACGCUGUCCCGCAGAGAACCAGCAAACCGCCUAUCAAGACCUACGAGGCUCGCAGGAGGAUCGGCUUGAAGCUGAAGAUCAAGCAGGAUCAAACGGGGUUCAGUAAGGUGGUCCACAACACUGCCUUAGACCCGGUGCACACACCUCAACCUCAGCAGAGCAGCCAGUCCGUAUCCCAGCCUCAGACUCAGCCCCAGUUCGAAGCUGCUGUACCGCACCCUAAGUCCCAGCCUCUAUCGACUCCUCCUGCUACAGUCAUCAGAACUCAGUCCCCCGUAUGCACUGCUUCUUCUGCCUCAUCCGUCACCACAGCAACCACUCAGUGUAACCCACCACUGAGAGGUAAUGCUCCCCCCAAUGCAGCCCCAUCUUCCUCUACCUCUUCCUCUCAUACUUGGUCCGCCACCUCUUCCUCCUCGUCCUCCUCCUCCUCCACUCAAAUGAACGGCACGUUGGAUCACCACAACGUGGGUCGGGUCAAACACAAUUCUGCCUCCACUGCCACUCCCUCACAGACAACGUGCCGUCUCCCCCUUCGAAAAACCUACCGGGAAAACAUUAGUCCCCGGGUGAGACCUGGUGUCCCAGGGGGAGGAGACGAAAGCUUGUCCUACCCCAGACCCACACCAUCGCCCCCCAGGCACGAGGCCUCAUCUCCCCCCUCCGAGCGGACAGUUAUAGCCAGCGUGAAGGUGGAGAAAAGAGGAAGGGAGGCCUCGCACACAGAGUCGAGUCACGAAACGGGCCGUUUAGGGAGUGCAAUGCAGGGGCUGGACGAAAUGGACGAGGUGUUUAACCGUGGUAUCAAAACCACACAGCACCAUCAGCCCCUAGACAGGGAGGGAGCGAAGGAGAGAAAGGAGGAGCACACAGACCAAGAGACGGAUGUAAGUAAAUACAAGAGGGCGAGUGGGAAAAAUAGACACAGGGCAGGUGGGACGUUCAGAAUGGACCAGCACGCCCCUGGGCCUCCGUCUCCGGAGUCCUCCUUCACACGAGACUCUUUGCUUCCUGCCAAACGCUGCAAGUCGGACUCCCCCGACAUGGACAAUGCCAGCUUCUCCAGCGGCAGCCCUCCGGAUGACUCUCUGAACGAGCACCUGCAGUGUGCCAUCGACAGCAUCCUAAACCUGCAGCAGGAGCCCUCCGCCCGCGGGCACCACAUUAAAGGGGGCAACAGCAGGUCCCACCAACACCAAAGCCAGCGCCCGGGGGGCUCGGCAGCCUCAUCCCAUAGACCCUCAGUACCGCCCUCCUCCUCUGCUUCCUCGUCCUCCUCCUUGGCCCAGCACCCUCAGGUCGGUGGCCGCGGCCACAACGGCAGCCUGGUGCCCCAGACUCAAAGCAGAUAACAGCCCCUCAGCUCCAGGCCAGACUGACAAAAGGGGGAGCUAAGAGACAGAUUUGGAGGCAGGGGAAAGGAGGGGGGCACUGUGAAAACAGUAUCACUGUACUACUCUGCCAAGCUGUGUUGGCUUUGUUUGUCCAUUUGAAUUGUCCAGACAUUUCUUUGUCAUUUACAUCCUGAGGUAGACCCGUGGUGGAAUAGGCGUGUGGUCAAAAGGUUAAACUGUCAUGCAGAUGUCUGGCAUUUUGUAUGUGUUCUCUCAGCCAAGCUCGAGUAACAAGAUGAAACUGUCAGAGAUUUCUUUCUCCCCUUUUUCACUUUGGAUCUUUUCUUUUUCUCAUUCAGUAAUCAUACAUUCCUUUCAUGUGGCCUGAGCACCAGUCUCUUAAUCCACAUCUCCUGGUUUAAAACGUUGUCUCAAUGAGCAUCAGGCAGCUCAUUUAAACAGUUAAGAUGUCAACAAUUUGUUUGUUUUUUUAACUUGGCUACCUGCAGCUGAGAGACGGAGGAGAUUACAACCAGGUUCCUACUGCAAAACGUCUUCCCUCACCAACCAGAUUUGAUUCUCUUAUCACAAACAUAGUGCUGCCCUACAGAUGCAAACAGCACAUUAGCUAAAUACAGUCUUCAUCAGGAAUAAAUUUCCUUAGUUACACCGCUCACAAGGCAACUACUCCUGGUCUCGAAAAAUCAAUUUGCCUCAGCCUCCCUUAUGCCUGCAUUUCACAUCGCAUGCAUUUUAAAGUGUUGAGAAAAUCAUUUAGAAAAUUUGUGAAGUUGUUUUCCUUUUCAGUUCUCUUGAUGCUGUAGUAUCGUUCUGUUGAGAUGUUAAUGAGAUGUCGUGAGGAAAAUUCUGUUCUUUUUCUGCUUCUAAUGUCACAUGAUUUCCAAGGUUCUUGUUUUUAGACCACACCUCCAAACACACACACGUACACACAUGUACACACACUUGCCCCGCUGUUGCUCAUAAUGCCAGGUUAGGACUUUAUGCAUUUCAGUCAGCAGGGGGCAGGCCGGUUUGAACUGUUUCUGUGUUUCUUCUCAGUCAGUUGGUUUCAUGUUUUCUGCCACUGCCUCCCAUCUGUUUUUUUUUUUUCUUUUUUGGUGGACAAUUCAAACAAACACAGCACAAGCAUUGAGAUGGGAAAAAAAGGAACAAUAAUAAUGUACAAAAAGACCGUAAGAGAAUUUGAAGUAUAGUAUUACAGAUUAAUUUUGUAUUGUAUUUAUUGUGUAUAAUACUUUUUAAAAAGAAAUGUACAUUUAGUAAAACUGUAAAUUAAACCUUGCUUCUUUUAUGAAAA